AUGCCACGAGGAGCGCCGGUGUGCGGCCCGUCGCCGCUGCCGAACGGGUCGGCGCCCACGGGCGACAAGUUCUUCCAGGAGUACCUCGACGACGCGAUUAAUUGCAUUAACCAAACCGGCGGGUUCUACGACCGGUGUGGCAAGACCUGCAUAAGUGAUAAAUAUGCUUUACGUUUACAUCAUCACAUCGACCUCGAGGAGGUGAUCUACGGCAAGAUAUUCCCAGUCCUCAUCUUCCUCGUCGUCAUUGCCAAUCUUACGGUAGCUGUGGUUUUAUCGAAAAAGCACAUGCUCUCACCGACUAAUGUUGUUUUAAAGUACAUGGCCAUCGCUGACCUCCUCGUUGGCCUCGUGCCCCUGCCAUGGACACUAUUUUAUUUUACGAUGGGAAACUAUCGACAAACAGAGCACAUGGAAAUCUGGUGGUGCUAUAUGGCAAAAUUCUCGAUGGACGCCAUCCCGCCGAUUUUCCACAAUAUUGCUAUGUGGUUGACGGUGUUGUUAGCAACGCAAAGAUACGUCUCCAUCAGCUACCCAUUCUAUUCGAGACAUUUAUGUAGCGUCAAAAAUGUUCGAUUGGCCACGAUGAUUAUUAUGGUCGUAUCGCUGGUCUGCGGGUUCCCGAAAUCAAUCGAUUUAAAUUAUAUGCUCUACGAAGGGUGGAUAUUUGAGGGUGAUGGAUGGAGCUAUACCAGAAACUGCCUCGUCGGACAUACCUACGUCCUCAAACUUGUCGGGAUGAAUACAUACUACAACCUGUACUUCUGGACCCGAGCCAUUCUCUUCAUUAUCAUCCCUUCAAUCCUACUCAUCAUCCUCAACGCUCUCCUCAUCAAGGGCAUCCGGAAGGCCGAGAAACGGAAAAAUCGUCUCCUACGCGAGAGAAGACCGCGAGAAGCCGCCAAGCAGACCGAUUCAAAUUCAACUUCCGUGAUGUUGGUGAUAAUUGUGACGAUAUUCUUGGUCGUGAAUUUGCCGCAGGCUUUUUUCAUGGGGAUCCUGUGCGUCUGCGAGACGUUCAAGAUCCGGCUCCACAUCCUCGACGGGCUAUUUCCGGUCGUGUUCUUGCUGGUGAACAACAUGCUCGUCAUGGCGACCUACCCGAUCAACUUCUGGAUCUACUGCGUCAUGUCCAGCUCGUUCAGGCAGACGUUCAAGGCCCUAUUUUGCAAGUUCAGGGUUGUCGGAACCUCUAUCGGCAACAACACUGCCAUCGAGCUGUCCGUCGCCGGAUCGGGGCGUCUAUCCCACCAAGAAAUGAUCGAGUCAGUGACCCAAUUCCUUGCCGUGCCUCUCCUCCAAAUGAAAAGGCGCCUAAUCGGAAGCACCUUGAUCACACGUACUGAAGUCAGCCAAGCCUACCCGCCUGGUACCUCGACGGAACGUACGCGACGUUCCGAUGCUACGUCGUUCAUGCUGCUCGGCGAGAAUGGGGAGAAUGGCUCGGGGCCGAAUACGAGUAGAGGGGAAACGAUAUAUCUU